AAUGUUACAACAUAUAUGUAUAUGAACACUAGCUUGCAACAAUGGCAAUAAUAUUGCAGUCCACUUCAGGUUUAUUGAGGCAGUACUGCAAUUUUUAUCAUGACAUGGUUGACAAUUCUAAGCUAUCUUCAAUAAAGAAAGCUUGUAGUGUUGGUUUGUCUUUGUCGUCUUUGUUUCCAACUAAGUCAGCCACCACCACUCGGAUUUUGAUUAAAGAGAGACACUGCUGCUGUACUCUUACUGACACUUCAGUUGUGGCCACUGAGCCACUCACGAAAGAAGAUCUCAUAAAUCACCUUGUCUCUGGAUGCAAACCAAAGAAUAAAUGGAGAAUAGGUACUGAGCAUGAAAAGUUUGGCUUUGAAAUGAAAACUUUACGUCCUAUUAAAUAUGAACAAAUAGCAGAGUUGCUGAACGGUAUUGCUGAGGAAUUUGAUUGGAAUAGGGUAAUGGAAGGUUACAAUGUUGUAGGACUCAAAAAGGGUAAAAAAAGCAUAACACUUGAGCCUUCUGGUCAAUUAGAAUUUAGUGAUGCACCGGUUGAAACUUUGCAUCAGGCUUGUGCUGAGAUUGAUUCUCACCUUUACCAGGUCAUCAUACCAUAGGAUAUGGGAAUUGGAUUUUUAGGAAUGGGUUUCGAUCCCAAGUGGAACCAUGAAGACAUGACAACAAUGCCCAUGGGACGAUUUCAAUUUAUCAAAGAAUACUUGCCUAAAGUUGGAUCACUUGGAAUGGAUAUUUUUUUUCGUUCAUGCACCGUUCAGGUUAAUUUGGACUUCAGUUCUGAAAUUGACAUGAUCAAGAAAUUCCGUGCUAGUCUUGCCUUGCAACCUAUAGCGGUUGCUUUAUUUGCAAAUUCACCAUUCAAAGAGGGCAAGCCAAAUGGUUAUCUCAGCAUGAGAAGUAAAGCUUGGACCGAAACCGAUGAUAGUCGUACGGGCAUGUUACCUAUAGCUUUUGAAAACUCAUUUGGAUUUGAGCGGUAUGUGGAUUAUGCUCUUGAUGUUCCAAUGAUCUUUGUUCGUAGACAAAACAGGCACAUUGAUUGUGGUGGAAAGACUUUUCGGGAUUUCAUGGCAGGAAAACUUGAACGUAUUCCAGGCGAAACACCAACAAUCACUGAUUGGGAAUGCCAUUUGGGAACAAUAUAUACUGAGGUCAGGCUGAGGAGAUACUUGGAGAUGAGGGGUGCUGAUGGAGGACCUUUAAGCAUGUUACACGCUUUGCCAGCGUUUUGGGUGGGUUUGCUAUAUGAUGAGAUUUCAUUGCAAAAUGUUUUGGACAUGAUAGCUGACUGGACACAAGCAGAAAGACAAAUGUUGAGGGACGAGGUUCCCAAAACAGGCUUGAAGACUCCAUUUAGAGGUGAAUUGCUAAGUGAGGUUGCUGAAGAUGCUGUGAAGUGGGCAAAAGAAGGUUUGGAAAGGAGAGGCUUAAUGGAAUCGGGAUACCUAAACGAGAUAGUAAAAGUUGCAACAACAGGUGAGACACUGGCAGAAAGACAUUUGGACAAGUAUUAUGGCAAGUGGGGACAAUGUGUUGAUCCUUUGUAUGAAGAGUUAAUUUUCUAAUGUAUCAAUCUUAUUACCAAAAAUUUUCUAUUAUAUCAAUUUAAAAAUGUAUCCAAAGAAAUUGUGUAUUGGACUC